AUGAACGACACCUCCCUCCUCCGCGGCGGCCGCAUCGACAUGGACCUGUGGAAACUGGAUCCAAAAGUCCUCUCCGCACGCAUGGAAGUAGGCCUCAACUCCUCCCGGCCAGCCAGCUUUGCAACCAUCUACCGCGGCACCCCGCUGCCCAAGGAUCCGGCCACGUACGAAGCAAUGGGUGAUUGCUCUACCGAGGCCCUACCGCUGUAUUGCUUCGUGCCCGUGGAAGCCCGCGGCUUCAGAUACAUCCUAGCGCUAGCCAGCGUCGUGCUAAAGCGCAUCACGCUCGCGCCAGAUAUCCUAGGCUUUGUCUCGUCAUACACGCGGGAUAACCCACACGCGCCGGUGUCUGCGGGCUCGUUCCAGGAUGCGCUGGAACGCGCCAGCUGA